AUGCUCCAACGUAUUGGAGCCGGUUUGUUCAUGUCGUUGCUCUCCAUGGUGAUUGCCGCACUAGUUGAGAUGCGGCGGUUGAACGUCGCGGCCUAGUGUGGGAUGGUGGAUGAUGGGGCCACACUCCCAAUGAGCGUGUGGUGGUUGGCGCCCCAGUACAUGUUCUUUGGUCCGGCGGAUGUGUUUGUGAUCGUUGGGCUUCAGGAAUUUUUCUACGACCAAGUUCCGAGUGACUUGAAAAGUAUAGGGCUUGCCCUAUACCUUAGUAUUUUGGGAAUUGGGGAUUUUUUAAGUAGUAUUUUAAUAGGUUUAAUAGAAUGGAUGACAAGCCGAGGUGGCCACGCUAGUUGGUUCGAUAACAACAUGAAUCGUACGCAUCUUGAUUAUUUCUAUUGGUUGCUAGCUUUGAUUAGUGCACUUGUCUUGUUAGCUUAUGCUUUCUUUGCAAAGUCCUAUAUUUAUAAGGAAAAAGAUUUGGUGUGUUGAUAGUAGUGGCCUAGUGGGAUGUUAUUUAUGCAACUAUAUGUCUUGUGUAUAUAAAUCAACAAUAAAUAUAAGACUACUUGGUCA